GGCGAAGCUACUCGUGAUAAGCGCAGAUACAUACUGCAGCGCCUUAAAAACGAGAGGCUGAAAGCAAGUUUUCCACCAGAGCUGCUUGCUCUUGUCCGCCAGAUGAGAGAGUCGCAGCCCGCAAAGGUUCGUUAUUUCGGUGGUCGAUUCCUACGCGGGCCGCUAGGGGGCAAGGAGGUGUCUGGUAUGCCGCAGUUUUUUGAAAAGUCGUCCGGCAGGCUGAAAUACUGUUAUAUGGACCUCAUCGACCCUUCAAAAAUCAGUUCCAGCAGCCGACACAUAGCGAAGAGAACAUGCAACAUGUCACCUGCGCAACCGUUCCCCAACAAGUCAUGGUUUAGAGGCUCUGAUUUUCAAGUCACGACCUCGAUAUCGACUAAUGUUUGGACGCCGGACAAGUAUCCAAACUGGAAGGGGCCUCCUGGAUUCCUUGUCGGUCAAGAUCCGACCUGGAUUCCCGGACACCUCCGCCAGUGUGCCUUUUGCACAAGAUCGGUGUGCAAUUGCAUACAUAAACAAGUCCGCCAGGAGAUACCAUCUAUUGUGGAUACAUUAAACAUGGGCGAGGGAGCUUGGGCAACAACUGACUACAAGCGUGGCGAGUUUUUGGGCGAGUUGGUGGGUGAACUAGCGCCUAUUGACUAUUAUACCGAUGGCUGGGCAGCCGACCUGUCCCGCGAUGAC